UGUAUUAAUUGAAUUGAGAACACACGCAAAGGGGGUUGGUGAAGAGGCUUCUAUAUAAUGAGAUGAAACUUGUUAGCCUCUUGCCCUAGCCACCUUUGGGAAGAAGAAGAAAAAAAUCAUCGUCACCAUCAUCAUCAUCAUCAUGGCAUCAUCGAACAAGAACUGGCCAAGCAUGUUCAGGUCCAAACCCUGCGGCGAUCAUCAUCAUCACCACGACCGUCAAGUGCAUCAUCAUGAUGAAAUCCAUACUCCUUCCUUCACGCAUUAUUCUGCUUGUCCCUCAUCUCCCGCCUUCACCACAGCCCCAGAUCGUGUACCGCAUCCUAAACCGAGAUGGAACCCUAAACCUGAGCAAAUUCAAAUACUCGAAUCGAUCUUCAACUCGGGUAUGAUUAACCCUCCAAGAGACGAGAUUAAGAAAAUCAGAAUCCGACUUCAAGAGUACGGACAAGUCGGAGAUGCAAAUGUUUUCUACUGGUUUCAAAACCGCAAGUCUCGGACCAAACACAAGCUUCGUCUUCUCCAACAGAACCUCCGAUCGCCCGGUUCAGACCACAGCAUCAGCAAUAACAACAUCAGUCCUGCUCUUACUAGUGGAAGCGACGGGGCCAACCCUAGUGGCGGUCCGGUGCACCAGAAAUACGGUUUAUUUCCGGGUCAAGACAACGACUUUCUGGUAACAGAACCGGCCGGUUUUCACCUCCCGGUUCAUGAUGGACCGAGUGCAACCCAAGUGGGCUUUGGUUAUAGCGAUCAUCAGCCGAGUGAUGUUGUUGUGCCGGCAGUAACUGAACCGGAGAUUCCUUUCUCCGGCGAGUAUUCUGCCGAUACAGUCCCAUCCAUCAUGAACCAGAUCCAAGACAAGAAUAUGUUUGGACAAUGUGGUGAUUUGGCGGCGAAGUCUAUGGUGUUCAUCAACGACAUGCCGUUCGAAGUGGCGUCUGGACAGCAGUUCAACGUGAGAGAGGCUUUUGGAAACGACGCCGUUUUGAUAAACUCGUCAGGUCACCCCAUUCUCACCGACCAAUGGGGUCGCACUCUCCACCCUCUCCAAGACGGUGCCGUUUACUAUCUGAUAUAGAAGAUCUAGAAGGCGACAGAGGAAGCUUAUGUGGUCUUGUGCGUGCGUAUAUAUAUAUGUGUGUAAUGUUUUUAGUCGAAGUUAAACUGGAAAAUCAAACGAACGGUGUGUGAAAGCGUUAUAAUCUCGUUGCUGCGUGUCGGUUAGUCAUG